UUCACACUGAAGAUUGUUAUUCACACAAGACGCAACUUUGAAUUUAGUCAUAAUGAUUCUAAUUUUUUUGAUAACGAUAUUAUGCAGUCUUUUUUUCUAUUUAUCGGUUUUGAAACCGCGUAAAUAUUGGAAAAGUAGAAAUGUGGUACAAGCGAAUCCUCCAUUAGUUUUUGGCGAGGUUCUCAAGACCUUUCUUCAACAAGAAAGCUUCUUUGAAAGCAUCAUACGUAUUUAUAGACAAUUUUCUAAUCUGAGAUAUUUUGGAACAUAUCAGUUUAACACGCCGAUAUUUGUUGUCAAAGAUGUGGAGUUGAUCAAAAAAAUGUGCAUCAAAGAUUUUGAUCACUUUGUCGAUCAUAGAGUCUUCCUACCAGAAUCGGUGGAUCCAUUAUGGGCGAGUAAUUUAUUUUCUCUAAAAGGUCAAAAAUGGAGAGAAAUGCGAGUGAUGUUGACUCCCCUUUUUACCACAAGGAAAAUGAAAAAUAUGUUCAAACUUAUGAACAGCACCGCCGAAACUUUCGUUAAACAUUUCGAAGAUCAACCAAAAGAUUUGAUCGAAUUGGAUUUUAAAGAUACAUUGAAUCGUUAUACUUGCGAUGUUAUCGCAACAACAGCUUUUGGUAUCGAAAUAGAUUCAUUGAAAUGUCCAAAAAAUGAAUUUUACGAAAUCGGUAUGGAAUUUACUGAUUUUACUGGCUGGAGAAAAUUUUUAUUCUUGAUCGUUUUAUUCAUACCUGAAUAUAUAUUGAAGUUAUUUGGAGUAAGAAUCAUGAACGAGAAGGUGACGAAGUUUUUUACAUCGGUUAUAGACGAAACAAUUAGAACUAGAGAAGAAAAAGGCAUCGUCCGUCCUGAUAUGAUUCAUUUAUUUAUGCAAGCUAGAAAAGGAUGUCAAGAAGUUGAAGACGACGAUAUUAUUGAUACAGGAUACGCAACGGCUAGAACAUCAUCGUAUUUUGGUAAUAAAACUGGUAACAAAUUCCAGAUUUCCAAUGAGGAUAUUGCUGCGCAAGCUUCGAUAUUUUUCUUCGGGGGAUUUGACACCAUUUCUAGUGCAAUGCGUUUUUUAAUAUGCGAACUUGCUGUUAACACCGACGUACAGAAUAAAUUGAGGAACGAAAUCAUCACAACAUACGAAUGUUGUCAAGGAAAUGUCACUUAUGAUGCCGUUAUGAAAAUGGUUUACAUGGAUAUGGUUGUUUCAGAAAUAUUGAGAAAAUGGCCUAGCGGUAUAAGCCUAGAACGCGUCUGUACGAAACCUUACGUAAUACCAGCACAGGAAACAAAUGAGGAGGAUAUAAUAUUGGAAAAAGGAAAUUUGAUUUGGAUACCACUCGCAGGAUUCCAUUACGAUCCAAAAUAUUUCCCAGAUCCAGAAAAAUUCAAUCCCGAACGGUUCAGUCCGGAAAAUAGGGAUACAAUUAAUCCUUACAUAUAUAUGCCCUUCGGUACCGGUCCUAGAAACUGUAUAGGCUCUAGAUUUGCUCUGAUGGAGAUAAAGGUUAUGUUUUUUCACCUUCUUCGAAAGUUCGAAAUUAUCCCAGUGGAAAAAUCGAAAUUGCCAGUCAAAGCGUCGAGAAAAAGUUUUACUUUAGAUGGUAACUGUUUCUGGUACGGAUUGAAAAAACUAAAAAUAUAUAGUGGUUUGUAUCAAUUCAAUGCACCAGCGUUAAAUAUAAGGGAUCCUGAAUUAAUAAAGCAGAUAACGGUGAAGGAUUUUGAAUAUUUCAGUGCAAGAAGAACUUACAUUCCAGAGGAUACCGAUCCGUUGUUUGGCAAAAGUUUAUUUUUAUUAAAAGAUGAAGAAAGAUUUUUCAGAAGCCUUGUUGAUUGUACAAUAAAGGAAAGAGAAGAAAAAAAUCUUGUUAGACAGGAUAUGAUACAUCUACUAUUGCAAACUAGACACGGGGUUAACAUUGAAGAGGAAACUACUUCAGACGAAACUGGUUUGGCUGUGAUAGAAGAUGAAACAACGAGUAAAGAACUUACUGAUAUAACCAACGAAGAUAUAACAUCUCAAACUUUUCAAUUCUUUUUCGCUGGAUUUGAAUUAGUAUCUACGGUGAUGUGCUUCAUGGCGCAUGAAUUAGCUGUAAAUCAGGAUAUUCAAAAUAAACUGAGAGCAGAAAUUGAAGAUACAGAUGAAAAAUGUAAUAGAAAUGUUACGUAUGAAGCUCUCGUUCGAAUGAAAUAUUUAGAUAUGGUCGUUUCAGAAACCCUUCGAAAAUGGCCUCCUCAAACUGGAACAGAAAGAAUCUGCACCAAACCCUAUACCAUCCAACCGUCAACUUUGGAAGAACGUCCGAUUGAUUUAAAACAAGGAACCGUUGUUGUAUUUCCAGUAUUCGGUAUACACCGAGAUCCAGAAUAUUUCCCGAACCCCGAACGUUUCGACCCCGAAAGAUUCAACGACGAGAAUAAACAUAAGAUAAGGUCUUACAGUUAUCUGCCUUUCGGAUCUGGUCCCAGAGGUUGUAUCGCGUCCAAACUUGCAAUAUUGGAAACGAAAAUUUUCUUUUAUACGCUUUUGAUUAAAUUCGAAUUGGUGCCUAUUGGGAAAACGUGCGUACCUCUAAAACUGACAAUGUUAUUUUUUAUACUUUCGUCAAUUAUAUUCCUAAUUUGGAUUUACUGUUGUCUUAUUGCGCCUCUAACUUUUUGGAGACAGAAAGGCGUGAAACAAAAAGGUUUGUGGAAUUGUUUUGUAACAUCUUGGUUAGUAUUUUUGAAACGUCAAAGUGUGGCGGAUAUGGUCAAAAGUUUCUACGAUGAAUUUCCAGGAAACAGAUAUAGUGGUUUGUAUCAAUUCAAUGCACCAGCGUUAAAUAUAAGGGAUCCUGAAUUAAUAAAGCAGAUAACGGUGAAGGAUUUUGAAUAUUUCAGUGCAAGAAGAACUUACAUUCCAGAGGAUACCGAUCCGUUGUUUGGCAAAAGUUUAUUUUUAUUAAAAGGUGAACGAUGGAAAAAUAUGCGUUCGACGAUAAGCCCGACGUUCACCUCUAGCAAAUUGAAAGGAAUGUUUCAUCUAAUAAAAGAAUGCUCGGAUAAUUUCACCAAAUAUUUCUUAAAAAAAAAGUUGGACGUGGUGCCUGUUCAAUUUAAAGACGUUUCAGGUCGAAUUUGUUCAGAUAUUAUAGCAACUGUUGCGUUCGGAAUAUCCGUUGAUUCGUUAGAAAAUCAAGAUGAUAUAUUUUAUGAAAUGGUUAGCCGCGUCACCGAUCUUUCAAAGUUUUCCAAACUGAUCAGAUUCUUGGGGUUUCUAUUAGCACCGAGAUUAUUCAAAUUACUCAAUAUUAAAUUGGCCGAUGAAGACGAAGAAAGGUUUUUCAGAAGCCUUGUUGAUUGUACAAUAAAGGAAAGAGAAGAAAAAAAUCUUGUUAGACAGGAUAUGAUACAUCUACUAUUGCAAACUAGACACGGGGUUAACAUUGAAGAGGAAACUACUUCAGACGAAAUUGGUUUGGCUGUGAUAGAAGAUGAAACAACGAAUAAAGGAAAUGUUCUUACUGAUAUCACCAACGAAGAUAUAACUUCCCAAGCUUUUCUAUUCUUUUUUGCUGGAUUUGAAUCGGUAUCUACGCUGAUGUGCUUCAUGGCGCAUGAAUUAGCUGUAAAUCAGGAUAUUCAAAAUAAACUGAGAGCAGAAAUUGAAGAUACAGAUGAAAAAUGUAAUAGAAAUGUUACGUAUGAAGCUCUUGUUCGAAUGAAAUAUUUAGAUAUGGUCGUUUCAGAAACCCUUCGAAAAUGGCCUUCUCAAGCUGGAGCAGAAAGAAUUUGCACCAAACCCUAUACCAUCCAGCCGUCAACUUCGGAAGAACGUCCGAUUGAUUUAAAACAAGGAACCGUUGUUGUAUUUCCAGUAUUCGGUAUACACCGAGAUCCAGAAUAUUUCCCGAACCCCGAACGUUUCGACCCCGAAAGAUUCAACGACGAGAAUAAACAUAAAAUAAGGCCUUACAGUUAUCUGCCUUUCGGAUCUGGUCCCAGAGGUUGUAUCGCGUCCAGACUUGCAAUAUUGGAAACGAAAAUUUUCUUUUAUACGCUUUUGAUUAAAUUCGAAUUGGUGCCUAUUGGGAAAACGUGCGUACCUCUAAAACUGGCAAAAAAUCCAGCUCUGAUUGCAGUGGAAGACGGUUGCUGGCUGGGAUUGAGGAAAAUAAAACACUAAAUUCGAAUUUUUACUUCAUUUAUGAUCUAUAAUGACAAUCUAUUAGUUUUUACUCUGAAUUAAUCAGAUUUUAUUGUAAAAAUUUUAUGUUUUUUAUUAUUUUUAUUGAUUUAAAAUAUAGUAAGACUUCACUUGAUGCCCGUUAAUAUCUAAUUUUUGUACUGAAGAAGAAGAAAUAUU